AUGCUGCCACCAACUUUGACGUCUCUUACGCUGGCAUCCAAAUACAAUCUGCCCAUCAUACAAGGUGCUCUGCCUCCAACAUUGAUGGCCAUCGUCUUUGGAGAUAGAUUCAACCAGGCAUUGCCAACGGGCGUGCUGCCAUCGUCACUCAAGAGUCUCACACUUGGGGAAGACUACCAACAAAACAAGAAUCAGCUCCAGCUCCCACUUGGUCUCUCAACAUUGAAGCUGGCGCAUAUCACUCAACUGAUCCAUGUUGAGUCAUAUCAGCAUCCACUUGAUCUCAUGAUAGCAGAGAGCAUGAGUAAUUGGAAGGAUCGGUCGACGUCCAAGGAUCCAAUCAUAAACCUUGACCACACAAUGGCAUCGCUUCAUGUUUCCAGUCUUGGUGGGUCUUCAUACCUGUUUGAUUAUCCCAACGAAGAGAGGUCGGAGAGAACUGGAGUUGAACAAAUGAUGCAACUGGUCAAGCUUGUUCAUGGAAAUGUGAUCACCUACGUUAUGAAACACCUUGGAUACGUCCAACUGGUACUUCGCAGGAUUCCGUCUACGACUGGAGAGUCUCUCACUAUCUGUGUAAUCAGAGAGAUUCAACGAAAUCCCUUUGGUCCAGCGAGGAGACUGACUCCUCACAUAUUCUUUAUCCGACCAAAGUCAGAGGAAUCCCCAGAGAUUGUUGGAAAUAAAUAA